AUGGCUCCCGCACAAUGCACAGUGUGCAAGGCGGCCUUCAAGAGCAAGAACGAGUGCAACACACACAGGAUGACCGCGGGUCACUCCUUGAAGGCGGUAUUCUUUUGCAUUGAAUGCUCGGCAACGUUCGCUGCCAUGAAGGCUCUCAAGACGCAUCAGAAAGAAACAGGACAUCCCAAAAACGCUCCCGACGGAUUCGCGUUCUCGGUCGCGGGGCCCAAAACAUCCCGUCCUCCCAAGACCGCCCCCGCGAAAUCCGCUUGGGCCGCCGGUCCGCAGAAGGUACCUCCUGCCGUACCGAAAUGCGGCGCCUGCAACGAACGCUUCCAGACGUUCCACGAACUCGCCGAGCACCGUCGCACGGCCCAUGGCAAAGAACCUCUCGUCGAGAUGAAGUGCCAACGUUGUGCCCAGAAAAUCCCCUGGGGCGAGGUGCACACCCGGUGCACCCAGGCUCCUGAGCGAGUCGCAUGCCCCUUGUGCCGCCAGAAAUUCAGCCCCGCUGAGCUCGCAGAGCAUCGCCUCGCAAACCCUUUAUCCUGCGAAGUCUGUGCGGUACACCUACCGCCCGAGAUGAGCCUGCAGGACCACUGGCGAGUGUCGAACCUACACCCGUACUGCAAGAUGUGCGACAACGCGUUCAGGGACCACCGCGAGUGGGUCGCUCACACUUUGACCUGCUCGCUUGCCCGAAGCACCCUGGCUCCCGGCAGCGUGGGGGGCGCCGUUGUGAGCAGCAGCUGGACGCAUGGUCGGGUGAAUGAAGACGCCUCGGACUCGGAGGGCGUCACCUUCCGCAUUCCCACCCCGGACCUGGCGAACCCCGCCCCCAAGGCGGACUGGUUUUUGAGCGGCCUGCCACAGGCCAAUCCGGUGCAAAGCGAGGGCUCAUCGCGUCGCUCGAGUCUUUCGUCGCUCAGCAAAGCAACCGAGGACGCGGAAGAGCGUAUCGCUCAUGCUCCGAUCGAGCAUGGCACACCGGAGGCAGAGCAGGCCGAGCCCCACGAGCCCGACGCGCGCAACGAAGACGUCCCCGAAACCGGGCUGGUCGAGAUCCUCGCCCACGAGUACGGCCAGCACAGCAUUGAGCGCAUCCUCAGCGUGCUGGAAGACGAGGACGACGAGCCCGCGGAGAAGCCCAAGUCUGGCCGCUCGCUGCUGUCGCCCACACGCCCAGCGGUGCUAUCUGGGGGCAGCAUCGACUCGGGGUAUAUGUGCGACACGUCGCUCGUCGCCCACUGCUCGUCGGCCUGGGAGGCAGACGCGUCUCCGCCGAUGCUGGGCUGUCGGCGAGAAGCACGAAAGCCUCUGGCGGCACUCGAUACUGCCGCUACGCCCGCGCCCUCCGAGUCGUCGUCUGACAAGGUCGAGUCGUGGCUGGAGGAGCAAUCUCAGCUCUCGCGCACUAGCAAGAAAUGCAAAACCUCCACAUGCGCAGCGGGCGGGCGUGCAGCCGGGGUCUCGUGGCAUUGUCGGGUGUGCCUCCGAGAGCCUUGCAGCGAGCCCAUAGCCACCUCCUGCGGGCAUGUCUUCUGUCAAAGCUGCAUCAUGGAGAAGUUGAAGGCUGACGCGAGGUGCCCGGUUUGUCGAGAGGAGUUCUAUGUGCGACUGGAGCCCUUCAUAUCGUCUUGA